UGUCCUUGUGCUGGACUGAGUGAAGAGAGAGAGUCUCUCGUGAGAUUUGUUGUUCUUGAACGUUCCAAUUUCAUGCUCUGUCGCCAUCAACUAACUCUCUGAUAGCAGUGUCGCAGGGAGGAAAGUACCAGAUUCGAGUACUCCCUGAGGGCGGAGCCAUGAAGCGGAAACAAAAGACAAAGCAUCUAGAAACCACGUGCCCUCCCCAAGCUUCCAAGAGAUCCAGAGGCAGCGGUCAACUGGACCCUGGAUUGUCGACAUCCCAGCCCACUGGAAAAGAAAAGAGCGCUAAGAGAGGCAGAGGAGUCUCAACCACACAGCUGUGUGAGCCACAAUCCAGGCACUCUCGGGAGGGCAAGACCCUGGUCCACGAGGCAAAGGGAACAUCUGAUGAGUUGGAAUGCUACAUCCGCCACCCCUCUUCAGCCAACCCGCCUCGUGCUGAACUCCAGAAGCCCCAAGAGGAUGCUUCUGCGUCGUGCGUGGAGGUUGCAGCCCACCCUAAGGCUGCAGGAGAGAGCUCCGUGUCCGAUGACGUCUCCUGCGUCUCCCCUCUGAACGAUCCCGUUCUAAUUGGAGAAGAUGAAAUGUACGAGUACCAGCCAGAGGCUGUGGAGAUGCCUCUGCUCCAGGAUGUGAGGCAGCAGCACAGGGCCUCCCCCUGCCCACGGCCCUGCUUUCAUUUCCAUCUGGCUGACGAGCCCUGCACACCUGCCACACACAGGAGGAAGCAACGGGCCAUGAAAGUCUUCUACAUGAGAGUCCGGAGGAAAAGAGGGGGCAACGUCGUGUGGGACUCCCAGGAAGGCCUGGUGCCCCCCAGAAAGAGAACCAAAGUGGAAGAAAUAGCCUUUCCUGGCACCAUGCCUGCACAACCCAACCUCUCCUACCAGUCCACGGAAGACCUUGUGACCGAGGACUCCAGCUGCUUCAUGGGAGAGCAGGAGCAGGUGCAGGAGGCUGCCAGCUACCAAGCGGCUCCGCCAGCUGAGGAGGGCAUGCCCCAGGCCCAGGCCAGCACACCUGAGUGGCAGCUGAGCCCCAGGAGAGGCUUCAAGUGCAUGGCCUGCUGCCGCGUCUUCUCUAGCCUGGCGGACCUCCAGGAACAUGUGCAACACGGGGCAAAGGAAGGCUUUAGCUGCCGGGUUUUCCACCUCGCCUUCGCCUGGCUAGAAAGCAAAAAGCACAUGUUGGAGAAGAGGGACAAUAAGAAGACGGCCAGGAAGACAUCUGGACGCAAGAAGGAGAAACAUCUGGACGCGGGCAAAUCCCCACGCCAGUAAUCUUGACCCCUGUCAGCCCCUACAGAAGAGCAGUCGCACUCUACCUAGGCAGUCCAUUCUCUUUACGCAGAAGAGUUCCCACCGUUGUCUAUAGGCACCCACCACCACCACGGCCUCGGUGACCACAGCCUCUCUGUGGGUGGGAUCCUCUCUGCUCUGUGGGUAGAAAAGGGCAGACCCUGAUACACAGCAGAGCAACGUGUCCAGCCGUCCAACCAGUAAUGCACACCAGUGUGUCGCCCCCGCCACUGCAGCAGAGAGGAGACUCACUGGAAGUGGCAACUGCCAUGUGCUGAAUGUGCAACAGCAUCAAGAGUUCCCCCAAAUGACCACCAGAGAAGAAUUAAACCCAGCAAAGACUUUUCCCAAGGUCAGCUUCUUAUUGAAUAUGUCCUGAAUUCCUGGACACACCAAGGGCUCCUCGUCUGUCCUCCUAUAAUCAACCAUAGAACGGGACCUGGAAGUUGUCCUCGGUUUUCUGAGUCAUGCAGAGCAUCUCAGGAUGGCUGUGUGCUGUUAAGAAAAGAUGCCUGCCUUAUCUGUGCUGGUUUUCCCACGGCCUGAAGGCAGGUGUCCAGCAUCACGCAACGUUGUAACCUGAGAACAGCCACAGCUGGACUGAAGACAGAGCAGCCGUGGCCCUGGUCAACAUGCCAUUCCAGCUCCCAAGAAAACACCUACAGGGCUGUGCUGAAGUAAUACUGGACACACCUCACCCCGAGGAGAUCUCUUCCUGAUAACUGUCAGCUCCACGGGAGGGCAGAGGACACUGGGAGCGCCUCUCGGGUUAGCUUUGGGGAGACGAGAAAGAGCAGUACAAAUGGGGAGAUGUUUCAGUACUCCUGGAAGCAAACACUGACACACCGAGGGCUACCAGCACUGUUACCAGCAAGCAGAUCACAACUAGGCAGGACACUGCUCAGCUGACACCAGGAUACUCUAGCUCUCUUCCCAUUGUGGGCCCUACUCUGCUCUCUGGGUGUCUUUCAUUUCUGUUACAUUGGAACACCCAGCUCAUCAUCUCAUGCUCCAGCCAGAUACUGCAAUUCACCCCACUGCACCUAAUCUUUCCCCACCUCCUCCCUCCCACACAGAACAUCCAUGAAUACGUGCUUGAGACAAAACAUGUCAAACAAUACAGAAUUUAAAUCACACGAAUUGGAAUACCCUUCUCUCUUGCACUCACUCCCAAGCCCUCGGCGUUUGUUGUUAGCACCCUUUUUGCACCCUCCUUCCCUACGUCUCCCUCUAAAACACUUUGCUGUGUGUUAACUGGCUGCAGGGCAGACUUCUUACGGAAGGAAGGAAACCAGGCACUUCCCGGAUAAAACCAGAAAUGAUGAAAAGGUUCCACUUGGCUUCUCUGAGCUCGUACACACAUAGGUGAACAGAUUCUUCUCCAGUCACAAUCGGAAGUACGGAACAUGUGAGAAGUCACUAGGGGCAAUCCAACACAUGUAUACACAGGUGUCCCCCAAGCCAUAAUGCAGGGAGGUGAUUAGAAAACUCAAAGUGUAAAGGCUACUGACUUCUGCAAAAAUAUCACUUGCACGUUUUAAUUAUCUGCAUGCCACUUACAGUUAUUUCAUAUCCUUUCAAGGAUCAUGUUAAAUUUUGUCACUCUCUGCCAUCUCCAGAGUGAUAGAAAUAAACAAAUCAAACAUGAAGAGGCAGAAAAUGCGUGCAGCUAGACAGUGGAAGGGAAAGUAGGAGAUUCGAGUUUAAAAUGAUACUCUUCAUAAGUUGUAGCUUUUACCCUUUAAAAUAGUCACAGCUUAAAACCACAUGAUGGCAUUAAGGACACCUGUAUAUGCACAAAUGUGGUUAUCGUGCAAUGAUUAAUUAUAUGUUCUUUCCUUCCUCGUGGGUGUGAAUGUGAAUCUGGGUUUGCACAGGCUCAAAGGAGCGACAUGGUGGACCGUGGCUGCUUUUGGUUUCAUCUGCCUAGGAUUUUGUCUUUCUUCUUUGAUAAGCGUACCUGCCUUCCCACCUAGUAUGUGAGCAAAUGAGUCAGACUCCCCAGGUGCGGUCCACCCUCCUCUGCUUCGCUGUUAGAAUUGACCUAGAGGCAAACAUCUAUCUGUGCUAAUCUACCCUGAUGGCUUAGAAAACCAAAUCAGAAGAGACAGAGACUGUGGAGUCAGCCUUGAGUGAUCUUUUAUCUGCUCCAAUGGAGACAGUACACACUGCAACUUCACCUCUCCUGCACUCAGCCCCACUCUUUCCCUUGGUGUUGCUUGUUAACUAUUUAACAUCUCUCUCUACAGCCAUUUCUACAAAUGAACUCUGACCGUUUCCCAUGUCUGUCCCUGAUAUGCUUGUCCCUGUGCAUCAUUUGGCUGGAGGACAGACUUAAUGUCAAUGAGAAGAAGUCAGGAACUUCAUAGCUCAAACAAAAAAACAAUGAAGAGCCACUCCUGGCUUCUUAGAUUGUGCACAUGAAAGAAACUGCAUUCCACAUUCUUAACAGGCAGGACAAACCCUGCCGUACCUCAUCUGAGUCAAUCAAGUCUGUGUAUGUCGAGGGGUCCCCUAAACCAAAGCACAGCAUGGAGCAGUCCUCCGUGCUGCUGCUCUUUGAUUCUUAGUGUUUGAAAGACCCGGCUGUUCUGUUAGUUUAAUUUACUGAU